AUGCGAUUAAUGAUGCACAUUUUUACGACGAAUAAAGGUGAAGGUUUACAAAUAAUAUCAGGUUUAAAACAAGUUAGUCCAACAAAUACAUUAUCAUCUAUAAGUCAUGGUGGUAGUGGUGCAACAUUAAAUAAUCAUAAUAGACGUUCAAUUAUAUCUGGUCUACAAAAUUUUGUUCAUUUAACACACAUUGGUCCAUCAGAUAUUUCAACAUUUGCAUCAGAUUUAUCAACAACAAAUAAAGCUGUUAUAUUAGCACCAAUGAAUUUUCGUCAUCAAGUACAUAUAGGACAUAAUGAUGAAAUAGAUCAAUUAAAUAAUAAUAAUAAUAAUAAUAAAUCAGGUACACAUGAGUAA